GGCGGAGCCUGCGACCUCUCCCGGGAUGGGACCUCCCAUUUCGGGGUGCCCUGCUAAUCCGAGACCCCAUGACUUUCCUGCCCGAGAAGCCCUCGCCCUGGGGACACUCCUAUCCUUGAGACACUCCUACCCCAGGGAAUGCCUCCAUUCUCCUCGCCCCUGCACUCCCCUUGACCUGGACCCGCCUUCUGUACACCUUGUCUUUGGAACACCCACUUGCCUUGUGACACUUCUAUCCCCUUUGACACCUGACUCUUGCAACCCCCCCCCCCCUGCCGCGCGCCAUGUCCUAUUCCUGCCCCUCCAACAUCCAUGCUCUCUGCACAGAGGUGCCGCCCGGUCCCUUAAUCCACUGUCCUGCCCGGCAGGGGUGAAUCGGCACUUCCACAUGAUUUGUAUUCGAGACAAGUUCAGCCAGAACAUUGGGCGCCAGGUGCCCUCCAAGGUCAUCUGGGACCAUCUGAGCACUAUGUACGACAUGCAGGCACUGCACGAGUCUGAGAUUCUUCCAUUCCCAAACCCAGAGAGGAACUUUGUCCUUCCCGAUGAGAUCAUUCAGGAGGUCCGAGAAGGAAAAGUGGUCAUUGAAGAGGAAAUGAAGGAGGAGAUGAAGGAGGAUGUGGACCCCCACAGUGGGGCUGAUGAUGUUUUUUCAUCUUCAGGGAGCUUGGGGAAAGCAUUAGAAAAAUCCAGCAAAGACAAGGAGAGGAACUCCUCAGACUUGGGGUGCAAAGAAGGGGCAGACAAGCGGAAACGCAGCCGGGUCACUGACAAGGUCCUGACUGCCAACAGCAAUCCUUCCAGCCCCAGUGCUGCCAAGAGGCGCCGAACAUAGACACCUCAGCCCCAGGUGGCCACAGCGAUGCUCCAGUGCCGCGAGCCCUCACUGCCUGUUCUCAGGGCCCUGGGUGAAUGUGACCAUCCAGCAGAGGUGCUAGUGGGGGCUUCUCCUGUGUCAGCAGACCAUCAGAGCACCUGAUUGGUCCAGCGUCCACUCUGCUUGGAUGGUGAAGCCUCUGAGCCAGCCUCUUGCUUUCUCCUGGUUGGUUCCCCCUGUGCCCACAGUGUGUGGAGAGGAGCAGGUGCAUCGGACCAGAGGACCGGGAGUCAGCAAGCAAUAAGUGGCUGCCCUCACUGCCCUUUGACGAGGGAGCCACCCAUCUUCCCUGGAUGCCCACUCUGCAUCCGCUUGUCCUAUGCGGCUCCAGUAUGCACCAGCAUCAGGAAAAGGUGUCUUUGGAGUUCACCCAGCACACACUGUGCACAGAAGGCCUCCCUCAUCUGGGAAACAGAACUGGAUAUUUUGCCUCAUUCACUUGUACUGUAACAAUGUAUAUAAUUCGGUUGGUAUUUCACUAUUUAAUUUUUAAGAAGCCUAUUUUACUAGUGUUUUGUAUGAAGAAAAAUACUGCAGAAGUUAAACUUGUGAUGUGUUUUUUCUGAGAUGUUUUGUUUUAAGGUAACUACUGAGAUACCUCUGGCCCUGUUUUUAUAUGCCAGAUACAGAAAUUUUUAGCGGUUAUUUUUGUAAUUUUAGUAACUUGGAAAAGACCAAUUAAGGACAUGGAAUAAAGGCAUAGCCAUCAGACUGAAGAGCCACUGACCUGAUGAUUGAAAUACACUUUCAUUUGAAAAACAUUAAAGCAUUAAAAAAAAGUCA